UUCGUGGUUUCUGGGUCUGAUUCAUAUUCAAGUUGUUCAUAUGCUGUAGAGACGUUCAUUAGAGAAUAUGCAAUUUCAGAAUAAAAUAAUAUUAUCUGUGUUAUUUUAGCACUGAUAUGUUGUUUGCGGAGAGUCUCAACUGUGUUUUGAAAUGAGCGGAAACAUAAUUUGUAAGCUAACUCGAUGCUGUGGCUCGGAGAGCUGAGACAAACAAGCAUGAACAGGGAAAAGUCUUAAUAUUAAUUUAUUAAAAAAAAAACAGCGAGUGUGUUUGUGUCCUGCAAGAUGCUCCGAGAGUCGUAUCCCUUCGUGGAGGACAGCUUCAGCCGCUUCCCGUCGCAGAGUAACAUUUACGGGCUGUGUCAGGCCGGGGAGCAGGAGCUGUUAGCGGCCACCCUCAAGGGGAAGGUGGUGUGUUUCAGGUACCAGGAGCUGCAGCAGAAGAUCCGGCCGGUGGCCAAGGAGGUUCAGUUCACCUACAUACCAGUCGAUGCAGAGAUUGUAUCAAUCGACGCUUUCAUCAAGUCUCCACCCAAAAGAGGUCUGGUGGUGGGCAUCACCUUCAUUAAGGACUCUGGUGACAAAGCCACUCCAUUCUUAAAUAUCUACUGUGACUAUGAGCCUGGGUCGGAGUUCAACCUGGAGUCUAUUGCGCAAAGCUGCCUGAAUCUGGAGCUGCAGUUCACGCCCUUCCAGCUUUACCACACAGAAGUGCAGUGUGCCGAAGGAGGCAGUGAGACGGUGUUUCUGCUCAGCGGUCAUGACCAGAGGAUCCACCUCUACAAGGAGAACGCCUCCUUGCACCAGUUUGAAGAGCAGCCAGUGGAGAGACUCUUCCCCGAGCUACAGCAGCUGCCCAGCAACGUGCUGUGGUUGGAUAUAUUGAGCGUAGGUGGUGGCCGGCGACUUUCAGUGUUUGGCUGUCAGAACGGCUGUGUCGGACUGGCUCUGGUCAGCCAGGCGGAGCCAGAGGUGUUGCAGAGCUGGCGGGUCCAGUUUGACAGUCCAAUCUCUACAGUGCUGCUGUUCCCUCUGAGCUUCCAGACAGAGCUCAGACAGCCGGGCGGAGAGACAAGUGUGGAAAUGGAAAGCUACAACCUCCUGGUGACCAGUACCAUAGAGAUGGCAGUGGUGUACAGAGAUGUCCAGGAGCAUGGUUUGUCUCAGUCCACGUGCCUCUUAGAAAGUGACCAAUGGGACGCAGUGGUUUGUGCUCUGGUCAUUGAUCUGGAUUUUGAUGGGCAGAAGGAAGUGCUGUUGGGAACAUAUGGACAGGAACUACUUUGCUAUAAGUUCCAGCCUGUGGGGAGAGAACAAGAUGGACAGUUUCAUCUGCAGUGGAGACGGAGCUUCAAGAGUCCUCUGCUGUCUCUCAUCUAUUUAGACUUAACCGCGGAUGGUCUGAGAGAGCUGGCUGUCCUCACCCUGAAGGGCCUUCACAUCUUACAGCAUAGUCUCACCAGGACUGCUGAUGUGGUCCUUGAGCGGCUCACCCAGAGGGCGUCGGCGCUAACAGCCAGCUCUGAGCUGGAGUCAGCGAAAGCACGAAACACUGAGGAGAACGAGGCUCCGGCUCAGAAACAGGAGUGUACACUGCAGACACCUUCAAAUUAACAAAAAUAUUGCUUUUUAUUUUUUUCAUGCGUGAAUCCCAGUGGUUCAGAAUGAAAUGUUUGUCUUAAUUAAAGGUGCAACGUGAAGUUUUUCCUCAGGAGUUUAUCUUCCUGGAGACUUUAAUGUGUUGAUAAUGAGAGACACUGGUUAGGAGAAUCAUACAUAAUCAGUUCUGCUUUGUGAGUUCAUAUUGAAUAUAGUUGAUUGUAAAGAUGGCACACAAAUAGGCUGAUGAUGAUGAUACUGUACAGUCAUUUACACAUAAUAAAUGAUGUUAGUAUUUA